AACCUGAACCAGUACCUAAUAGCAAUAAAGCCAUGUUUAAAUCAAUCAAUAUAUAUUUAGAAGAUCUUGAACAAAAUAUUCAUACUUCAAAAGCCAUGUACAGUGUAUUAAUUGCAGCAUUUAGUGGGUAUGGUAUUUACAGUAUGGUAGCAAAGCUUGGCGUCCGAUUUCUUGACAAGUUAGAGCAAAACGUAGAUUACCAUGCAACUUGUAGGGUAUUAGAAUUAAUUCAUACUGCU